AGCGAACAGGCCCCGGCGCUCGCGUUUUGGCGUAGGGGUGGCUGCUGCGGCCUAUCCACACGCGCCAAUUGGUGAAAGUGUUCCAAUUAUACGUCUGAAAACGAAACGACACGCAACGGGCACGCCUGGGGCCUCUGCACUGAGCACACAGCACGCCGCCGCCGCAACCCCAAUACUGUAAAGCACUCAAAUAUACCGCUCUCCAGCGCAGCGAUACGCCGCGGGAGCACGUCGCCGCCAAAACAAAACCAUGGACAACGACGCCUUCCGCAAGAUCAUGGCCACGCCGCGGCCCCACGACGGCAAACCAGCCGAGAAAUUUGACAAGAAGUCGAUCCGAAAACUUGUGGAUGCCGAUUUGCAGCGCAGCAAGGCUGGAAGCAAAAAACACAAGCGCGAGAAGCCCGCCAAGGAGAAGAAAGUUUCCCAGAAGAAGGAGAAGAAGCCGUCGAAGUAUCGGGACCGGGCUGAGGAGCGUAGAACGGACACGAACAAAGACUAUGAAAAAGAUGACAAUAUUGCCGCUUUGGAGGUCGAUGCGGAGGCCUCGAAGUACUUGGGUGGGGACGUCGCGCACACGCACUUGGUGCGAGGGUUGGAUCGGGCUUUGUUAGAAAAGACUCGUACGGAUUUGUCCAAAGCUAUGCCGCCACCUGCACCUAUCAGUAGACCAAAGGCUGUUGUGAAACAGGCUACGCCAUUAGCGAGAGCGGCCCUGUCUUGCUUCGAACCGGCAGCAAGGUCGGCGACGGCUUCUAGACGAGUGCGCGCGGAGUCUCGGUCCUACGACUUCGCCGGUUUAUCAGCACCAUCAAAGUACGACGCGCCGCCAACCACCAUCGUGCGGUCGGCCGCGGAUCGGUCCCAGCUCUUCGACGAUGAAGCGUCGGCGCCGCGCGUUUCCGCAGAAGUUGUGGCCUGCGCCGUCGCUGCCCUUUCGAGAAAGGGCUCGCGCAAGCGGAAGAAGGCCUCCGAGAAGGCUGUGCCCGUCACUACUGCCGCGCCCGUCGUUAUGGGAGACGACGAGGACAUCUUUGCCGGUGCCGGUCACUACGUGAAAACGGAAGGUUCACUGGCGGAGCGCGCGGCGGCGUCGCGGCGGGCCGCGGCUGAGGCUGAUGAGGACGCGGGCGACGCGGCUCAAGCGGCGCAGUACCUGCCUCAGAAACCGUCGAAGCCGCCGCCAGCACAAAAAGCCCAGGACUCUGAUGAUGAAUUUGAGGAAGCGGCGAGGCGUGACGAAGCGGAACCGGUCGUUGUUGUGGAGAAGCCGAAAGAGAAGGGCAAUCGCAAAGAAAGGCGCAAGGCCAAGCAGGUGGUCCACCGCGAUCCGAUCUGGGGCGGGGCCGUGCCCGCGCCGAAGAAGCAGGCGCUCUCGCGCAAUUUUGAUGGGAGCGCGGACGCGUACGGGGAAGUCACGAUGUACGAUUCGGAUGAUGAGACCUACGCCAUGAAAAAACAAAGGGAGGCCGCGGCCGACGCGGAGGCGGCGUACUACCGGCAGAAGGGGAAGAAGCGGCGGAAGAAGGGUGACGACGACGACGAGGGUGAGUAAUGUGUGGU